UCGUUGCCUCGUGUGGUGGGCGUGAGAUCAGCUCCUCACCAUCCCCACCCACCACCCAGGGAGUCCAGGAGGUUGAAGGCGGAUGCAUGCCUAAUGUCGUCUCUUGUGCUCGUACCGCUGCACAAACUAUCGGUAAACACUUUUCGUGCAACUCUUUUCCGUCUGUCCACGAUGAUGACGCUGACACCGUCAUAGUGGCAUCCUCCCAUAUGACAAGGAGAGGACGCCGAUUCCUCUGUAGCGCCUGGCCGUCAAAGGUGCAACAAGGAAAUCAUGUCAGGCAAACACCAAAACUGGAGUUUGAUCGGGUCGUAAUGUCUACGAAAAUACUGGAAAUAAUAGAGCAGUUGAAACCUCUGAGUGCUAUGGUCUCCACCAUUCUCAAUCUAGAACUACUUGGCUCCACCCGUGCCCAAGACAUUACGAACCGACCCAAAACCACGCCAAAUAUUAUAGAGCCUAAGUUGUAUGGAAGGGAUGAGCUAAAAAACAACAUCAUUGAUGGCAUCACACAUGGUAAAUAUUGUACCAAUAAACUCACCGUAGUUCCACUUGUUGGUCCAGGAGGUAUUGGUAAGACAACACUCACGCAACACAUAUUUAGAGAAUUGGAGGGUUCUUUCCAAGUUUCAGUUCGGAUAUGUGUAUCUCUCGAUUUUAAUGCAGAUAGGUUGGCAGAAGAGAUCAUGAAAAAGAUACCUAAAGUGAAUGAUGAAAAAGAUAAUUCUACGAAUCAAGAGGUAAUUGCACAAAGAUUAGAAUCUAAGCGGCUUUUACUUGUUUUAGAUGAUGUGUGGACAUACCAUGGAGAUGAGUGGAAAAAACUAUUAGCUCCGUUAAGUCAAACGGGGGGAGAAAAGGGUAAUGUGGUUAUAGUAACUACACGGAUUCCAAAGGUAGCAAGUAUGGUCACCACAAUUAAUUCUUCAAUUGACGUGGAACGUCUAACUCAUGAGCAUACUAUGUCUUUCUUCGAAGUAUGUGUAUUUGGUGACCAACAGCCAUGGAAAGAUCACCUGGAAUUGCAUGAUGUUGGGAAUAAAAUAGUAAAAAAAUUGAAGGGUUUCCCUCUUGCAGCAAAAACAGUAGGUAGAUUACUAAGAAACCAGCUUACUUUGGACCACUGGACAAGAGUUGCAGAAAGUAGAGAAUGGGAAUUACAGACCAAUGACGAUGACAUUAUGCCAGCUCUAAAGCUUAGUUAUGAUUAUCUCCCUUUUCAUUUACAACAAUGUUUUUCCUAUUGUGGGUUGUUUCCAGAAGAUUAUGAAUUUGGUAGCAAAGAGUUGGUUCACUUUUGGAUAGGAUUAGGCAUUUUAGGAUCACUUGAUCAGGCCAAAAGAACUGAAGAUGUUGCACUAUGCUAUUUAAACGACUUGGUAAAUCAUGGAUUUUUAAGAAAGAAUGAAAAAGAAAAUGGUCCUCGUUAUGUUAUCCAUGACCUACUGCAUAACUUGGCGGUGACGGUUUCAUCAUAUGAAUGCCUUAGCAUAUAUAGCUCUAACGUGCGAACCAUACAAAUUCCUGCAUCCGUGCGUCACUUGUCCAUCAUUGUAGAUAAUGCCGAUGUCAAAGAUAUAACCACUUUUAAAGAAUACAACAGUUAUUUGAGUGCAAUACGUAAAAGAUUGAAAGUUCAGAACUUACACACUUUGGUGUUGUUUGGUGAAUGCCAUGGAAACUUUGCCAAAACUUUUAGGGAACUUGUCCAUCUCCGCUACCUAAGGAUCAAAUCAGUUCGUAAUAAGGACAUGUGCUUACCUAGUGCAUUGUUUAGAUCAUAUCACUUAGAGACUUGA